AUGUUAUCUAGACCCUUCAAGCCUGCGAAUCACACAGCUCUAUUAUCAGAGACAGUUUCUGUUACACCACGCCAAGAAGCCAUUAUCAAAUCUGCCUUUGACGCACUAGUGUUUCUCAUGGUGUCUACUAACUCUUGUCAGAACCCAUCUGAUUAUCAAGAAUAUCUAGGGAAUGAGUUUAAUUCUUUGCCACUAAUCAAAGCAAGUUCCUGUUCACAGCUUGAUUUGCCUAACGUUGACUCUCUUCCCGGUUUCUUCUCUGUUACGGCUGCUCAAUAUUUUUUCUAUCCAUCAAUACAGCACAAUUCCGGUCAAAUUGUCAAUGGCACUUUCUUGGAGAAAAACAUCCAGGAUCCAAUUCCUCUUCAGCCGGUGCCUGCAAGACAAAAUAACAUCGGAGGCAGAGUAGAAAGACUUUGGAAUUUUGGGUUCUCAGACCCCUGCAUAGUUGACAACAAGAUUUACACUGAAUCAGUUUCAAACAUUUCUGACGUCCCGGGAGGGCUUGUCACCAUUGGAGGUACCACGUCCCCGAAACAAUGUCUAUGUGGUUUCAAUUCAAACUGGCAACAAGCUUUGAACAACACAAUGGGUUCACCUCUUUCCAAUAUCAUCACCACUCAUUACUCGGACGAAACAUGCUAUAAAUCUGGUAGUUACACCUCUAUGACUUGCGACCACGCAUGGUGGCUCAGUAAUAUUUUCAAUGGCGGAAAUGCAAGCACUUAA